AUGGAGCGCGGCGCGGCCAGCCACGAGCUCUCACAGACUUCGACUGUGGGAGAUACGAUACCGCCAGACGAUACACAUACUCCGCGAUCGGCCAGGGUGCUCCCACGGCCAUUGGAAGUCCUUCGACAAACUGGCUCCGAGGUUAGGGACGACAGCGGUGCCCCAGAGACUCCCAAAUCACCAGAAGCAACCACAUCGGGAGACAGGCUGCAUCAAAGGCUAGGAUCUGCCAGCAUAACCAGCAUUGUCGAGCCGCCGGUAUCCGAAGUCAUAGAGCCAUCCCCGGCGGUUGUGGCGGGAACUAUCAACCUCGCACAAGACAUUGAGGCACAGCCAAGGCCGCAGGACAGCCGUAGGUCGCGGCGGAGAGGAAUCGUUGAAAAGAUGCAGUGCGACAGAAAGAAGCAGUUUCUGUUUUGCCUACCCUGGGUCAAAUCUGCUCGAGUGCGCGUAGCGCUGAUGCACGCCUUGACUUCAGGAUUGCGUCAAGACUCGACUAACCAUAAGGCUGGCACAGAUCUGGGGCUAUCACUGACACAGCACAUCCAAACAAGCGAGCUGACGAUUCUUCUUUUGCUCAUCAUUGUUGUCUCUACGGUGUUCUUCUGCUACAACAUGAUCCGACUCUGUGUGGCGGUGCGACGGGGCGACCGGCCGGCCGCUGCAAACCGCGGGCGGCAGGCGAUGAACCCGGCGGAUCUGCUCAGGACAGGCUAUGCGAUGCCACGACGGCCGAUCCGGGUGGUGCUGGCACAGGACGAGGAGAUGGCUGGGAGAGAGGCCGUUACGAAUAGUGUGACGCCGCCAGCGUACGGAUUCUGGCGUGAGAGCGUGCGACUGGACCCAGACAGGCUGUACUGGCAACGGAACGAGGCGGCGACGAGAGAAGAACCCAUACCGGAGGCGGAACCUGAACAAGCGCAGGCAAGCGGUGGAAGACGGCCACCCUCUUAUGUGUCCGAGGAUGGUGUAUCCUAUGUGGUUGAUGCCAUGACUGCUUCGUCGACGUCGACUGUUAUGACAAUGCCAACGGCAGGUCGCGGGCAAACGGCGUAG